GUGACAUCUCUCGGCUCCCCCGCAAAAACAAGUAUCGUUCUAGUCCUAUAAACAAAUCAAAAAUAUUUAUUUUACGUCAAAAAUCGACCGAUAAUCAACAAUUCUUCAUGAAUAUCAACAGAAAUCAACAAAAACCCUCUUAAUUUAGUAAUUUUCCAUAUCCCAACUUGUCACGGUAUAAAUAGAACGACAUAUUAAUCGAAAAAUAUUCGACGUUAAAUGAUAAGAACGAAUCUCGGUUGUUGAUUUUGAUUGAAACCUUUUUCUCACUGUAAUCGUUGAAAUGGAAAUGUACGAAAACUCAUCACACAGCUUAUUCGAACCCGAAAUUACGGUAAAACAAACUUUGGACGAGGAGGGUUGUAUUUACAUUAAACAGGAACACGAUACCAUUAUAGAGAAUGUUCGUAUUCAUCCUCCUAAAACUAAGAAACAAAAACAACAAGCUUGUAAAGUAUGCGGAAAACUUUUAUCCUCACCUUCGAGUUAUUACGUUCAUAUGAAAGUUCAUUCUGGAAGUAAACCUUUUCAAUGUACCGAGUGCGAAGCUACAUUUUGUCGAAAAACUUAUUUAGAGGUUAAUUUCAAGGUUCAUAUGAGAACACACACAGGUGAACGUCCAUUUCAAUGCGAAUACUGUGAGAAAAGAUUCACUCAAAAAUCUAGUUUAAACACCCACAAACGAAGUCAUACAGGAGAACGACCGUAUUCUUGUAACGUGUGUAAUCGCGCUUUUGCGGUUAAAAAUUAUUUAAUCGCACACAGAUGGACCCAUGUUAGCGAUAAACAACUAAAAUGCGUACAUUGUUGUUUGGAAUUUACGUCACGUAGCCAAUACAUUUUGCACUCGAAAACUCACCUCUUCGACUGUAGUCACGAGUGUCAUUUUUGCGGGCGAGUUUUCGCUAAAGAAUCGUAUUUAAUCCGCCACGUACAUAAAGUUCACAAAGAGGAAAGAAAUAACGAUUUAGUUACGGCUAAUAAUGUGCAAUAAAAAAAAUCAUGUUUUAUUUAAUUACUUUAUAAGUUAGGUUAGUUUUUUUUUUGAAAUUCGUU